UCACUUUGCAACACUGGCAAUUUCCGCAAUGCCGCGCAACCUUUGGAAAACCGGAAAAUAAACCUUAAUCCCGGCCUGCGCCAUGGAUUACGAUUUGUUCCAGUCGGAUGAGGACGAGGAGAUUCUGACUGCCUUUACGCAGGCUACCCAAAAGCUGCAGCAGGAAUCCCUCAAAGGGCAAACGGAAGUGGACGAUGCCGAUGAGGAGGGACUGGAUUUCCUGCCAGAGUUCUGCUGCAGCGGCCGGGACACACUGAAGACCCAGUUCCCGAGCGAGGGUUUUCUGCGGAGUGGCUAUGCUCAAAAAGAUCCACCUUGUUGUCGACUGGACAACCUCUGCUUCGACUUUGCCCAAGAACAAUUAACGGUUAUCGCGGUGAGGAACUACCUGUUUGGCGAGGCCUGCAAGAAUGUGCAGAAACUCUUUGCCGCCGUGGCGGGUCAACAGCAAUUGCAGGCCCCAUCCGCCUCCAUUAACUCUGGUUGGUAUCGGUUGCGCCAGCAGGUCACCCACUUCUUCCACCUGCUGCUCCGUCUGCGCGAGAACGACCUGCUGCCGGGUGCGCUGCGGUUUCUGGAGGAUCUGCGACACUUGCUCAACAAUCAGCUAGACGCGGACAACUGGAAGGUUUUGUAUUUUGCGGAGCACAGCAAGGGAAACGAGUGCCAGGCACCGGCCUACCACCUGUAUCACGGCGUCCUGGAGUGGCGCUUCUUGGAUCUGCACAUGCUGUACCCCUCUGGGGAGGAUCAGGGCUUCCUAGGGCAGCUGGAGCGUACGCUGGACGAUCUGAUAGUGUGUGCCGGCCAUAAUUACCGUGGAAAGCACCGCCCGGAGCUCAUCCAUGCCUCCCCCUUCAUGUGCCGCUGCACCAAAGAGCUGUGGGUGCUGCUCAAGCAUCUCAUCCCCAAAUGGCUGGGUGAGAGGGACCUGGACUUUUGGACGCUCUUCCACAAGGCCAUGCAGAGGCAUAGGACAAACUAUUUCCAUGGUGAGAACAAUUCGGUUUCCUUGGCGUACCACGAGUUCUACGCCUGGCUAAGACUCGGGUUGGUCCGCUUGAACGAAUACAACAACGAGGGUCAGUACAAGCCGGGGCUUAUGCUCAGCCCGCAACCUGACAACUUUCAAACCGCCAAUCUGCUGAAGCAGUUUCUGGCCAGCCAGCCGGACGAGCAGCAGCGACGUGUUUACCUUUUGCUACUCUCGCCCCUGCAGCUGCAGCUUGGUCAGCCGGACACAGAUGUGCUGUGCCAGCUGUGGGAGUACCUGCAUCGCUCCCUUAACUGUAACUUCAGUGCGGGAACUGAACUGGAUCAGCUGCCGCUUACCUGUUCCAACGGUGCUGCUUACGUGGAGCGCUACAGCAAGCUGUUGGCCAAGUCCCAGCUGGAUGAUCUGAAUCUCAGCAGUUUCACCAUGUACGCCUGGAUGCUGGGCCGGACUUUGAAGAUGCUCCCACAGCAGGGCCGGAGCAACCAGCGCCAAAAGCUGCUCGGUCGUAUCUUCAGCAAGUUCAGUGCCGCGAAACUUUUGGCUCUUAAUGAGCCCGGUAUUCACCACGUGAUCGAGCUUUUCCUGUGCCUGCUGCUCUGCCAGGAGGAUCUCACCGAGCUGGCGCCCAAGCUGCGCGAAAUGCUGCUCUGUUUGGCCCUUGAUAAGCUGCCACCGGUGCGGAGGACUCUAGUGGCCAAGGGCCACAUGGCUCUGCUCCUCCUGCAUGCUCAGCAUCGCCUGCCCAUGGAGGACUAUGUGGGUAAGCUUCUUAACCAGUUGGCCAUCAUUCGAAAUGAUACGGAAGUGGGCGCCAUCUAUGUGAGCAGCCUGCAAGCCGUCUUCGAUCUGGCAGAUGACUUUAAUCGCGGUGAGCAGCAGCUCUUGGGACCCUGGCUAACGCACUACGUGGAGAAGAGUGGCCAGGCAUCGCAGGAUCGCGUGUGGCAGGCCAUUCACUCGCUAAUCCUCCGUCUUGGCGACCCGAGGGCUGUGACAGGCAAUGCCAAUGGUAUCAAGGAGGCACUCCAACAACAUAUUCUGCCACUGCUGAAGGUGCAGUACACCAGUGGCCAUAGUCCAUGGCUCCCAAAGCUGGCAGCCAACUUUGUCGCACUGGACAAAGAUCGGGACAAGCUGUUGCUGGGUUUUCUGCACGGACCGGAACCUAUUAACAUGGCCGCUUCGGCGCAGCUGAUACUCCAGGUGCUGGAAGACGACGGCCGGCCUGCCAGCUCCACGAUCAUUCAGGUUUGGGUCAAGUCUCUGGUUCUCCUCAACGCGCAACAUGAGUCUGUGCUGGCUUUAACAUCCCAUGUCACCCAGCUGGAGGAGUUCCGAUUGCUGGCCAUUGAUCCUGCAUCUCUGGAAGGGGGGCGUGAACCGCUCUGCGCCUUUUUCGGGGCUCUGGGAAGGCGUGCCCAGCAGGAGGAGGCUGCGGCCCACGUGCGCAUGCAGAUGAGCCAAAAACUACAUGCCUAUGUAAAUCACUUCGAGAUGUGGUUGCCUCCGGAUCGCCUGCGUUCCGAACUGGGAUCCCGAUUCUACAGUUUCCUGGCCAUCGUCAUCUACAACUGCCCCACUCUAGCGUACGUGCGGUCCAAGCCCAGCUGCUUUUUCCACCUGGCCAUGGUGCGGUUCCUGCUCACCACCCAAUUGCAGGCGGGAGUGUCGCCUGAGGGUCGCCUGCCGCAGAUGGUUCACAAGAUCUUCCCGGUACUGCUGCAAGGGAUUGGUCGAAUAGCCUACCGCACGGACUCCUACGUGUCCAGGACACUGGAGCAGCUAUUGCAGCACUGGACGCCGCACUUUAGCUUCUCUCCCAGCGCCAAGCUGGUGGCCCGUCCGUAUGCCACACUUCUCCAGGCGGAUGUGGACGGUGUGCUGGCGCAGUUUGUGCUUCAGCUCCUGGUGACCCAGUUUCUGGUGGUGCAGCGACGAAAGGCUGGGCAGCAUGCGGGUCUGGUGAUCACCAUCAUGCAGCAACUGAUUGAGGGCACGGCCCCGGAGCAGGAGCAGCACCUGGUUACCCUUCUGCGCGGCGUCCACAUCCCUCUGCUGGAGCACGUGAUGUUCGUGGACGAACUGGACCUCAGUCGCAAUCAGGUGUUUGGACUCUAUCGCGUGCUGGUCUCCCACGAGGCCUUUAAGCGCUCUCGGGUUGUCCGGGAAAUGUGCUCCAAUCACUUGCGAACGCUGGCCGAGAAGCAUCUGGCCCACUGCACUUACUUUUAUUUCCAGAUGCUUAUCAAGCUGGCGGAGCUGGCGCCAGAUCUGGUUACUCCACUCCUACCUUUUGUGAGGGAGCAGGCAAAGCAGGUGGAGCUAAAGCGCGGCGCUGGCGAGGAUGUGGGCAUUCGCAAGUGCCUGCAGCGGCUCCAGAAGGUUUUAGAUAUACUUUAAGGGUAGUAUUAGCGAAAACUCAUAAUUUAGAUAUAGUGUGUAACUUUAGGUGAUACUUAUUAACAAAUAUAUAUCGUUUUUAUAAAGAUUUUGUAGGAUCAAAA